UUCACGUGACGCGGGGCGGUGCCGAGCGGGCGGGAGGGAGGGAGGGAAGCGCCGGCCGGAGGGAAGCAAACGGCGGGAGCGACGGCGGGAGCGGCGGCGGCGGCUGGAGCGGUAGCAUGGCCGCUCUCUACGGGGGUGUGGAGGGGGGAGGCACACGGUCCAAGGUCCUUUUACUCUCAGAAGAUGGGCAGAUCCUGGCAGAAGUGGAUGGACUCAGCACAAACCACUGGCUGAUCGGGACAGACAAGUGUGUGGAGAGGAUCAACGAGAUGGUGAACAGGGCCAAACGGAAAGCAGGGGUGGAUCCUCUGGUACCUCUACGAAGCUUGGGCCUAUCCCUGAGCGGUGGGGAGCAGGAGGACGCGGUGAGGAUCCUGAUCGAGGAGCUGAGGGACCGAUUUCCCUACCUGAGUGAAAGCUACUUAAUCACCACCGACGCCGCCGGCUCCAUCGCCACAGCUACGCCGGAUGGUGGGAUCGUGCUCAUCUCUGGGACAGGCUCCAAUUGCAGGCUCAUCAACCCUGAUGGCUCUGAGAGUGGCUGCGGUGGCUGGGGCCACAUGAUGGGGGACGAGGGCUCAGCCUACUGGAUUGCACACCAAGCAGUGAAAAUUGUGUUUGACUCCAUCGACAACCUAGAGGCGGCUCCUCAUGACAUUGGCUACGUCAAACAGGCCAUGUUCAGCUAUUUCCAGGUGCCAGAUCGGCUAGGAAUCCUCACUCACCUGUAUAGGGAUUUUGAUAAAUGCAGGUUUGCUGGGUUUUGCCGGAAAAUUGCAGAAGGUGCCCAGCAGGGAGAUCCCCUUUCCCGUUAUAUCUUCAGGAAGGCUGGGGAGAUGCUGGGCAGGCACGUUGUGGCAGUGUUGCCUGAGAUUGACCCGGUCUUGUUCCAAGGGGAGAUCGGCCUCCCCAUCCUGUGUGUGGGCUCUGUGUGGAAGAGUUGGGAGCUGCUGAAGGAAGGUUUCCUUUUGGCGAUGACCCAGGGCAGAGAGAUCCAGGCCCAGAGCUCCUUCUCUAGCUUCACCCUGAUGAAGCUGCGGCACUCCUCCGCCCUGGGCGGGGCCAGCCUAGGGGCCAGGCACAUCGGGCACCUCCUUCCCAUGGACUACAGCGUCAAUGCCGUUGCCUUCUACUCCUACACCUUCUCCUAGGGGGCUGGCCCAGGCUCCACCCCCUCCAAGCCCAGUGGACAUUGGGUGCUGGAAGGGAGGAAGCUUUUUCUUCUUUUCCUUUUUUUAAAAAAGAGAAACACCUAUAGAAGAAAAUAAACGCACUUUACCCACUCCCAA